CUUCACACACCAUAGGACAUUAAGUUUACUUUGAAGCUACGGAGAAACGAUAUGUGACAUCUCGAGAGGAGGAAAGGACUCUCGAUAGCCCUUAUUCGGAGUUAGAUCGAGUGAUAAGACUUGACAAACCACGACCUAUCUUUACCUCUGAUAAAUCAAGGAUCGAACCUCCAGGUUCAGUAGACGAGCCAUAUUUGCUGUUGACAGCUGCUCUCGAGUAAAGUACAACAUUAUGUCUGGUUCAUCGACGUGUUUGUAAUGACAGGAUUUACAAUGGAGUGUUAAAACAGUAUGUGAUAUAUCAUAAGUGCUGCCUAUUUGAAAAACUUUUUUUAUUUACGCUUGUAAUUUCAUAACAGAUGCACAAUAGAAAUAUUUGUGUAUCGGUGAAUCCAUUUUUUAAUCUGAAUAAGAGAUUUCUGAAGGUGCUUAAGCAGUGCUGACGUAUACUCGUACACGAUGAUGGAGACAAUGACCCUGGCCUCCGGGCUUUCAGACGGACUUUACGACGUACCCUCAGGGCACGCCCAGUCCCACGGGUACCACUACGCCGCACCCCUGUGGCAUAGCACUAGGGAGGACAGAACUUGUCAAUUGUCUGUGCAUCCGACAAUGACAUCAUUGGAAAAUCGGACGCCUGGACAUACACAGGGACACCGGAUAUCUCCAGAAAAAAAUGAAAUUGAACUUCCGGAAAUAUCAGAUUGGAUAGAGGAUGCAAGGGAUACGAAGGAGUUUGAGAAACCUUCAAGUGAGCAAACUUCACAAAAACAAUCUCAAGUGGCUUCAACAUUGAAAUGGCUGACGGAGAACUACGAGCGAGCGGAAGGGGUGUGUCUGCCAAGGUGUGUCCUCUAUACACACUACCUUGACUUUUGUAAGAAGAUGAAAUUCACACCGGCUGGGGCGGCAACAUUUGGCAAGAUCAUCCGUCAGAAAUUCCCUAAACUUACGACGAGAAGGCUGGGAACAAGAGGGCAGUCAAAGUAUCACUACUACGGGAUCGGAAUCAAGGAAAGCUCAAUCUACUACCAUUCCGUGUACUCAGGCAAAGGUCUGACAAGAUUUUCUGGGAUCAAGAUAAAGACAGAGGGUUCAAAUAGGAAAUACUCUCUGAGCUCAAAGACAGGGACACUGCUUCCGGAAUUUCCUGAUGCAAACAAUUUGAUUUUACCUGAGAACAUUACACGAGAAAAGAUGCAAACAUUUAUCAUGAUGUACCGAACCCACUGCCAAAGGAUCUUAGACACGGUGAUCAGCGCUAACUUUGAGGAGGUACAGAAUUUCCUGCUUCAUUUCUGGCAAGGAAUGCCUGAACACCUUAUACAUUUACUAGAUGCCGACAUGAUAGUAGACAUCGUUGGUUUGUGCGAUUCUAUAUUAUACAAGGUACUGGUAGACGUAUUGAUCCCGUCCACGAUACAGGACCUCCCAGACAGUUUAGGGUCGGAGAUAAAGCUGUUUGUAAAACGACUACCUCACUGGCUAGAUAACGCCCUAGACAACAUUCCAGAAGGUCUUCGCCAAAAGAAACUUGAAGUGGUAAAAGGGUUUAUUCAGAGUAUUGUCCGCCAAACAUCCUUUGUGCACCUGGCGCAGACGGCGAGGACGGCUCUCCUUAAUCAUGACGUAGUCAAUCAGAUAAUUGAUGACGUCACGGAUAUCAAUUUUACAGAGAUUUGUUGCAGAGCGGGCUUCAUAGAGCCAUCAACCGCAUCUACGUUCAAAGACGACAUAAUGGAAUUUUACGAAGAAUUUCAAAGUUUGUUGAGUAAACAAGCUCCAAUAGAGGCCUUUACGGAAUGGAUGGACACUAUCAUAGACAAGUGUGUACUACAGCCAAAGAAGGACAACGGGAAAAAGUUUCGUGAGAGGGCGUCCAAAUUCCUGCUGCAAUGGGCAAUAUUCGGUUCUCUGUUCAUGCGAGAUCUUACACUGAGAAGUGCGGCCAGCUUCGGAGUAUUUCACCUGGUCCACAUGAUGUUCGACGAGUACGUUUUCUUAGUGAUGGAAACACAGCAAGACCAGGCUAAGGAGGAUAUACUACAACGAAAUGUACAACGACACAUGAAAAAUGCAGAAGAAAUCAACAUGAAUGCAAAAGUUAGAACACCCUCGACAAAAUCUCAUCACAACCGACACAACAAAAAGGAGAAGAUGAACGAGGAUCAUUUUGAUGCAACGGAUGAAGGAGAACCCUCUACGGCAGCUGACGAAAAUCAACCGGAUGUUCCUGAAGUCUACACGCCUUCUAAUAUAACAGCGUUUAGCAGACCGACACCUAAUAACCGCGAAUCGUCUCAUUUCUCAAUAACAGAUGACACUUGUCGGUCAAAUGUGGCUCAUGCAUCACUGCCGCUGUCUCCUCUGAAGCCUUACCCUUCCAUUAACACAGGGCCGUACGACAGGCCUACAUAUCUGCCGCAGUACGGCAUCCACGGUUCGUACGGAGAUUACGUGAAUGGUGCGUCCUCUUUAGCAACCACCAGGAUUGCCUCGUUCAGUGAUACCCACGCACAAGCGUUUGGAUCAGUACCAUUUAAUAAUAAUGUUCAACAGCCCAUGAGUUCAUACUGGACGGAUGGAAGAACACACGCUGCCAUUCAUGACACUUAUCCAUACAGCUACAAUAAGUUCCCAUCCACCUACGAUACUUACAAUAAGAGUUCCUUUAUACCUAGUGGACACUACCAGGACGCUUUAAACAGGUCACGGUUCGAAUCCUCUCGGAGUUACCACUACCGGCCUACCCAUGACAAUCUCCAAGCCGUAGCCAGCCACCUAUCGAUGGGCGGGUAUAGCGGUAACUAUAUGGACAUCGCUCAGCCGGGCUCGCAGUACGGACGACAGGACACAAUGAUAUAUCAAGAUGACAUCUACACAGGCGGACUGCCGCCCACAUUCCCGACUGUGGGAAAGUCCUAUCUUACCGCUCCCUUCAGAUAAUGACCCAGCUGGUCUUACUGAUACCACCUGCCGC